AUGACUUUCUUCUCUGGAAACAAUACGUCUAGCUCACAUGAAUCUCCUGCAACUCACAGUCGUCGCCCAGGUUUCACUAGACGUAACUUAUUCCACUUCACGCCUAGCAGUGACAGCGAGAGCGGCAGAACCAUCAGGCUCAGCAGGGAUGUACGGAAUUACGGACCCCUCAUACAAAAAGCCACCGAGGCAGUUCGCGGCCAACACGAAGGGAAGGCGCCAAGGAAACCCCUGCAAAAACAUGGCUUGAGCAUACCUUUUGCGAAGCCUGCAGUGAUCAAAAUCAAACCGAGGCUUUUUCCGACCAGCACCUGGGCAGCAAACUCUACAAACAAAGCAUGCUCCUAUAAUGACCUUGGUAGCAGUUCUGGGUCUACCUCAGCAGUCCCAUACGAACCGCUUCAUGACAUUUCAGAUAGCAUGGAUGCAGUCAUUAAAUCUAUAAAUGAGCAUACCCUUGGACGAACCAGCGUGAUUGUUGUAAAGCUGGUGAAUCUUAUAAAGAAGUGGCGAGGUACAAUCAACAAAGUCAUAGGUGCCAGUCAAACAGCUGAGGACCGGCGGAUCAAGGACCUAAAUGCACAACUAGAUUUCGAUCGUGAAAUCGAGCGAGUCCACCAAAACACGGUCAAUGAUCUUCUUGAUCAAGCAUGGUUGGCAGAGGUGCGCAAGAGUGAGCAGGAAUGGUAG